AUGCUGCGGAAGCCGGCUGCUGGCUCUGCUGAAGAUGGAGAGAAGUGGUUGGCCGAUGUGAGCGUAUGUAUCGGCGAUGCCGGUCUCUCGGCAACCGACAAGCUCAACCUCAAGCGCAUCGUCACCGCGUACGGCGGCACCGUCAGCUAUCUAGUCCACCCCAAGACUACGCACCUGGUGACGGGCGAGGAAGAGGUGCGGGUCUGUUCGCAGAAGGUGCGCACGGCCGACCGCUACGGCGUGCGACUGAUCACGCCCGCCUGGCUCCUCGACUCAGCCGCCGCCGGCCGCCGCCAGGACGAGGCGCCCUUCCUCCUCUCCUCCGCCGCCGCCGCCGUCGGCGAGCAGCAGAAGAACGAAAACGACCGCAACGACAACGCCACCGUCAACAUCACCUCCACCACUUCCACUUCCACCGACAACACCACGUCCGCGACCGAUGGCGACGCGGCGACUUCGUCGUCGUCGCUGUCGUGGUCGUUCAGCUCCAUCGCCGCCGAGGCCUCGUCGUCCACCGGGACUCUGGGCUCGGCCUCGCUCGUCAACCGGCCGCGUGGCACCUGGCUCACGUCCGCCGCCACCGCCGCCACCUCGCUCCUCGACCACUUCACUCUCUUCUCCCUCGACUCUGAGGCCUCACCUUCGACAGCUUCGUCUUCGUUGUCUUCGUCUUUGUCAUCUUCAUCGACGUCGACGGCCGACGAGGCGUCGCUCGCGCCCGCCGCCGCCACAGCCGAUGAUGACGUCAGCUCUGCUAACGCUGAGCAGGGCGACGCCGAGUCGGCAAAAAAGGAGGGCUGGGCGCUGAAGCUGGAGGAGAGGCAGAAGCAGCUGAGGGAGGUGUCGGACCAGCUACGGGCGGCGAAGCGCGAGUACGACCGGGAGCAGAACCGGUCGAUCCGGCGCCAUAAGACCGAGGCCGACCGCGAGCUCGAGCAGAGCUUCAGCGCCGACGCCAAGGCCCGGAAGCGGGAGCGGCUCGAGGCGCUGCGCCACCAGCGCCUGGCCAAGCUGCGCGAGGGCUGGCUCGCCGAGCUGGCCCGGCGCAAGAAGCGCGACGACGAGAAGGCCGAGGAGAAGCGCAAGCGGCGCGAGGCCUGGGAGGAGAAGCAGCGCGAGAAGGAGCGCCGCCGUCAGGACUACGAGCAGAAGAAGCGCGAGUGGGAGAGCAAGCAGGCCGAACGAGCGCAGAAGCAGCGGGAGUGGGACGCCCAGAUCUUGAGGUGGGAGGAGCAGAAGCGCUCCGAACUCUACAAGAAGUUCUUCGUGGGCAACCUCAAGUGGAAGGACAUCACUCUCGAAGACAUGGGAUCGGAAACGGCGGUGGAGUUCGCCCGUCAGAAGCGGUGGGACCGGCUGCGUGCGGUGUUGGCCUCAUUCGGACCCAUCACCCGCAUCAAGGAGCACUGGGACCGCCACUUCGUGUUCGUGGUCUACGAGGAACGCGAACACGCCGAAAAGGCGAUGGAGGUGCUGUCGUCGUGGGACGAGCGCGUCAAGAUCGUCACCGCCAUCCGAAAGCAGCUGCUCGACGAGGCCCAGCCCCUGGUCUACACGCCCACCCCCGAUUUCUACCUGCGUUGGCCCACCAAGGAGCCUCACCCCGACCCGGAGGAGGAGAAGAAAAAGGCCGAAGCCGAGGCUGCGGCGAAGCUCAAGGAGGAGCAGCGCCUGCAGGCCGAAGCCCAGGAGAUCGCCGACGGGUGGGAGAAGAAGAAGAAGCCCGCCAAGAAGUCCAAGAAGAAGAACGAACACGACGACGACGCCGAGAAGAAGGCCGACGACGCGAAUGCCCCGCCGGACGUGCGUCCGCCGAAGCAGCAGCGCGGCCUCGACGGCAAGUCGAAGAAGAAGCGCGAGAAGCGCAAGUUGAAGGAGGCCGAGAAGCGCGAGCUGGAGAAGAAGAAGGGCAAGGGCAAGGGCAAGGGUCGAAGUCAGGACCGCCGCCCGCCCACGUCCGCUGACCGACCCGCUCGACCUCGCCCGUCCCCGGCCGACGCCGACGCCGCCGCCAAGCCCACUGGAGCCGCCGUCGCUGCGCCUUCGCGUGGCCGCGGCGGCCGCGGAAUGCGUGGAAUGCCUCGUGGCGGAAGAGGAGCGCCGGUGGGCGGAAUGUCGCCCGACCGACUGCUCCGCGAAGCCAUGGCGAUGCGCGCUGGCCUCCGUGGCGGUGGCCUACGCGGUGGUCUCCGUGGCCGAGGCGGCGGACGCGGUGGUCGAGGAGGACGUGGUCGCGGCGGGUGA